GAAAGAAAGAGGGACGGAACUAUGGCGAAGAAGAAAGUUGUGCUCUCAAUUCUGUUUGUUCUGACUGUGUUCCUUGCGACCGCUGGGUUUGGCCGGAGCAGAUUUAUUGCAGAGAAUGCUUCAUCUUUGGAACUGGUAUCAGAUGGAAUCGACAAUGUCCGAAAACCAUCCUUCAUCGCACUCAAGGGAAUGGUUUUCUCUGAUGAUACCUGCGAUCAAACUUAUGGAUUCUUGCCCUGCACCUCUACCAUCUUAGGGAACAUAUUCCUUAUCAUAGUUUAUGGGUUCCUGAUGUACCAGGCUGCUAAGCUCCUUUCCAAUGGAAGUGAGCUUCUGCUUGCGAUCAUCGGCCCUGGAAUUAUCGGUGGUCUUUUCCUCCCUAUCCUUGGCGCCCUUCCUGAUGCCAUGCUCAUACUUGUAUCUGGCCUUUCUGGAACUACAGCAACUGCUCAAAGUCAGGUCCUCGUUGGAAUGGGCUUGCUAGCUGGGUCCACUGUCAUGCUUCUAACAUUACUGUGGGGAUCUUGUGUAAUUGUUGGCAAAUGUGAUAUUGAGGAUUCGAUUGCAACAGAUUCAAAAGAUACAAAAAGGUUUAGCUUAACAGGAUCCGGUGUUACUACUGAUAUCUGGACUUGUUACGCUGCAAGGAUCUUGGCUAUUUCUGUUAUUCCAUUUCUCAUUGUCCAACUACCACAAUUCCUCGAUUCAAGUUCGGAAAGACGUUUAGCCGUCUUGAUUGCACUCAUUGUCUCUCUUGUUUUAUUAGUCACUUACUGCCUAUAUCAGGUUUUUCAGCCUUGGACUCAGAAGAGAAAGCUUGCAUAUGUAAAGCAUAAACAUGUAAUAUCAAAGAUUUUGAAACAUUUGAAAAUGCACUCGCUAGGAAGGCUCCUCACAGAUGAAGGUCUACCUAAUACUGAAGUUAUCAAGAAGCUAUUCAAGGCUAUCGAUCUGGAUAAAAAUGGGCAUUUGUCAGGUUCAGAGCUAGCAGCAUUGCUUAUAGGAAUUCAGUUUGAUGAGAUAGAUUUGGACAUGGAUGAUGCGGUUGAAAAAUUAUUAAAUGAUUUUGAUAAAUCUCAUGACGGAAAUGUUGAUGAGAGAGAGUUCGUGGAUGGAAUCUCAAGAUGGAUUAGUGUAGCCAGGGGGGGAUCUGUUUCGGCUCGGAAUCAAGGUCCUCAGACAGUAAAGGUUAUAAAUGACUUUCAUCAGCAAGUCAAGAAAGAACAUUAUUUGCUGGGAGAUACGAGUGAUGAAGCUGUAGAGGCUGUUGAGAAUGCCAAAAGGAUUUCCAUUAAAGCAGCAUUAAUGUUGCUACUGGGAACUGUUAUUGCAGCUGCAUUUGCUGACCCCCUUGUUGAUGCUGUUGACAACUUCUCCACUGCUACAAGUAUACCUACGUUUUUCAUCUCAUUCAUAGUUUUACCUUUCGCUACUAACUCAAGUGAGGCAGUGUCAGCACUCAUUUUCGCUAGCCGGAAGAAGCAGAGAUCUGCUUCUUUGACCUUCUCUGAGAUAUAUGGUGCAGCAACUAUGAACAACAUCCUUUGUCUGGCUGUCUUCCUAGCCCUUGUUUAUGUGAGGGAUUUGACAUGGGACUUCACCUCUGAAGUGCUAGUCAUUGUUAUCGUUUGUCUUGUGAUGGGUAUCUUUGGCAGCCUUCGCACCACCUUCCCUAUAUGGACAUGCUCACUGGCCUAUUUCCUUUACCCAUUCUCUCUGGUGCUGGUUUAUAUUCUUGACUAUAUUGUUGGUUGGUCAUAGACAGCUGAGAUCAUAAACUUGUGUGCAAAGCAGAUGCAUAUCUCAUCCUUUAGGUGAUAUCGGACAACUGAAAGCAUAUAAAUUCUCUAUGUUUUUUAUUUUCUCCUUGGGAUUUUGCCUUGCUUUCCCUGUUAUGUUUGUAAUGUGUGUAAUUCUGAAUGAGUUUCUUCUUUUUUGUAUAAUGAAAUGGCACAUCUUUGUCAAAGCUCUAUAGUUUACAUUCAUUACUAUUAAUUAAACCAGUGCCCUAUCCACCAACUGAUCACAUCAUACACUGAGAUUUAAGAGUA